AUGAAGAAACCGAUGGCUGCACCCAAUCGACGGGUGCUAAUGUACUUUUACACUGCCGCUGCGGUGACUAUCACGAUUGGUGGCUCUCUUUAUGGAGCAGAAUUGAAGACGAAACAAGACAAACAAAAGACCGCCAAGAAAGAUCACGAAGCAACCUUUGACGAGAAAAUCCAGUCCCUCAAGAGUGCAAGAGAAAUUCUGGUAUCGAAGAAGCACAACGUCGAGAGACAACUACAAGAACUUGAGGAGAGGAUGGCGGAAAAGGCGCGGAAAGGAAUUUCUUCAGCCCCAAACGAAUCACAACAUGAGCGAUCAUCAAAAUGA